GGGAGUCAGUCAGUGUCGGCUGGGACUGGGUAGGGGAUACACGCGCGCUCUGCACCUCUCUGCACCGCUGGCUAAACUCAACCACGCUCUACUCUUCCACUUCACUCCCUUGCCACUCCACCUGCUUCACCUGCUCCACUCGUCCCACCUCCAGCCACUGCAAGAAACACUGAAGCGACACACGUGGGUAAAGAAAACGAACUUGAAAAACACGUACUUUUUUCAACGUUUCGGAAAAGUAGAGGGCAAAAUGUCUUCAAAAUUCGAAAAACUGGGUUAAAAAGUUUCGCUCUUGUUCUCUGUCGCUGAAUAUUGAUCGGGAUAAGACUCGUUAGCAAAGUUUAUCAGUUCGUAAGUUUGUUUUCGAGCGUGAAACUUUUCUUCGGGUCUCGCUGUUGUCGUGAAAGUGUCGGGAGGCGAGACACCUGCUCCACACACUUGUCCUGCACACCUGGGCGUCGCCUGAGCACCUGACGUCUUGCCUGACACACGUGUGGUGGAGAAGACAGCGCUGGGCAUAACACAUCUGUCCUCCUGUUUGCUUGGCCAAAACACACCUGUCUACCUGUUUACCUAGCCAAACCACACCUGUCCAUCACUUUACCUGGCCACAAUACACCUGUCCGUCACUUUACCAGACCAAAACACACCUGUCUACCUACCUAGGCAACCUCCCCUGGCCAAAACACACCUGCCUUGCUACUCUGUCUAGCUACCUGGCAACAAACUCCACGCCCUCGUCCCGUGAAUCCUUGCAGCGACGGAAGGUCCAACGUAGAGCCAAGAAAGAUGUCCGCGGUGACGCUGGAGGACUUGUGGUGCCAGUGUGACGGCAACGCCAGCGCCACGCCGCACCGGGUCCUCAUGCACCGCCAGAUGACCAAGCUGCACGCGGCGGCGCAGCGGCACGCCAUCUGGUACGUGGCUGUCGUCCUUGCCCUGUACGUGUUCGGCCUCGUCAUCAUCAUCAGACGGUCUGGACGAACGGAGAGACACACGGCAGCCUCGGCACUCUCCUUCUGCUUCUCUCGCGCUGCCUCCACCGUCGCCAGCAGGAGGAAGAAGCGUAGGAGCAGAGGCGAUCGUCCCCGCGUCAGCCCGCCGUCAGAUCCCCGCCAGCAGGUCAUCCCGUCCCUGCAGGUGCAUCUGGUGGUGCCGGAGGACGACGACGAGAUGGAGAUAUCGAUGGUGACGACUGUGGCCUAGUGGCGCGCGACCCCGAGGACCCCCGCAGGGCCUCCUCGGGGUGCAAGCGGGGCAAUGAGGGGGCGCCGACCCCCUUCUCCUCUCCCCAAGGUUCGUGUCGUCCAGGGUCAGACCGGCGGCACAAGAUGAGGAUGACUUGUAAAACACACACACACACACAUACACACACAUACACACACACACACACACACACACACACACACACACACACACACACACGUACGUACGUACUUACUACAUAUGUACACGCCUAUACUUGCUGUUACGGUUGUAUGCACACACACACACACACACACACACACACACACACACACACACACGUUGGAUUUAAUUUCAUCCUACUCAUAAACUCUCCCUUUCUUUCUCUCGCUUCCUCUUUCUCUUCCUCCUUCUCCUCGUACUAGUUCUCCUCCUCCUCCUCCUCCUUUUCCUCUCGCGUUCUUCCUAUUUCUCCAUCAUCAUCAUCAUCAUCUCAUUUCCUCUUUCCUUAUGUACUUUCUCCUCCUCCUCCUCCUCCUCUCACACGCACGGGCGCGCGCGCGCACGCGCGCGCACACACACACACACACACACACACACACACACACACACACACACACACACACACACACACACACACACACACACACA